AUGUCAAGAAAGAAUGGGGACAAGGGAUACGAGGAGUAUAAAAACUUCUUGCUUACUGAUGGAACAGAAUAUAGACUGAGUCUAUAUCCGUAUGCAGAGGAAAGAGAAGGCAUUUGGACAUCAUUAGAGAGAUCGUUCUCAACAAAGGACCGAGAUAGGAAUUUAUCGGCAGACAACUGUGCUGGAAAGUUACAUGGCGCAGGGUGGUACAACGGUUGUGGGAAUGUCAACCUCCUUGGUAAAUAUUGCCCACCAGGAGAGCCAUGCGAGGACGGCAAAAAUGGUGCGACUGGGCACUACUAUCAACCGUUUGCGGGACUGGAAUCACUAAAGUCAUCAAGAAUGAUGUUACGAUAG